AUGGCGGCGCACGAGGCGGAGCUCAACCGCAGGAGGCACGCGCAGGAGGUGGUGCGGCAGCAGCGCGAGCGGUGGAUGCGUCGCCUCCGCCCGAUGCUCGAGCGGCUCAACGCGAGCACGCGCGCGCCGCGCCGUGAGUGGGUCUGCUACGGGCGAGAGUCGUUUGCGGGGGGCAGCGCGCCCGAGGGCCGGCGCGCGAGACACGAGCGGCUGCUGAUCGCGCAGCAGCAAGGGCCCGAGUCGGCGGCGGUCUCCAGGGCGCAGGCGGGACAGGAGCGGGCGGCGCGCGCCUUUGUUAGCGGGCUGGCGACCGCGGCGCAGGGGUGGAGGCUGUGCCUCCUCUCCGUGCAGGACGAGAUGCGCUUGCGCGCCGCGCCGGUGAUUGACCUCGGGCCGUGA